CUUUAUAGUCAUUGUUCUUACAAAAUCGAGCCCUAGAACUUCAACUGACAAAACCUAAAUCACACAUAUUCGCCAUCUCUUUCGCCGAUCUGCAACUCUCUUUCGCCAUAUAUCCGGCUGAUGUGCAGAUACCCUUCGCUACUACUCUCCCAACUUUGAAUUCAUCUCAAGAACAACACUUGAAGAGCUCAAUUGGAGAAGGAAAAUAAAAACCCUCAUCUAUCCACUUGUCAUGUUCUAAAUGAUUCUUAGUUGUGAAAUUCCUAUGGUGUUACGAAAUCCCUUCAUCUUAAUUUCCCAUCACAAACUACUGCUGAUACCACUACAGUAGUAUAAAUAAAAAUGGAGCUGACUGCCAUUAAAGAUGCAUUUGAUCGUGUUACAAAGAAACAAAAACUGUCAAGCUCUAAAGCUCAAGAAAUGUUCGAUCUGAUCGACAAAGAAAUCAAGCAGACAUUACAGAAGCUACAAUCAUCUAAUGAUCGUGAAUCUCAGAUUGAUUGUAAGUCUGCACUUGCCGAUCUUAAAGCCAAGUUACAAGAUAUAGCUCCACUCAGUCAGUUGGAAAGCACACAGAAGGAACUGAACCUAGCACUUAGCAAGUAUCCAAAGAUUCUGGAGAAAUCAUUCGUUCCUGAUAUAUCCAAGGCUUAUAGAAACAUUGACUUUGAUACCCACACAGUCAAUGAGAUAAUUGGCAGCCAUUUCUAUCGGCAGGGCCUAUUCGAAGUUGGUGAUUGUUUUACAAGUGAGACUGGGGAAUCAGAAUCUGCAUCGGCUAUGAAAUCUCAGUUUCAGGAAUUGUUUGGGAUACUUGAUGCAAUGAAACAUCGGAAUCUAGAGCCAGCACUGAACUGGGCCAUGUUUAACUCUGAUAAACUCAAACCAAAUGGAUCAGACCUAUUACUGAAACUUCACAGACUGCAAUUUGUUGAAUUAGUGCAAAAGGGAAAUAGAGAUAGAGCUCUCCAGUAUUCAAAAGCUUGUCUUGCUCCUUUUGCUUCCGACCAUAUGGUUGAAAUACAAAAGCUCAUGGGGGCUCUUCUGUGGACUGGAAGGCUUGAACACUCCCCAUACUCUCACUUAUUAUCACAAGCCAAUUGGGACAAAGUGACAGGGGAGCUAACCAGGCAGUUCUGCAAUAUUCUGGGUCAGUCUUACAAGAGCCCGUUGAGUGUGACCAUGGAGGCAGGGAUUCGUGGUUUGCCACCUCUUCUCAAGUUUAUGAAUGUAAUGGCAGGAAAGAGACAGGAAUGGCAGUCUAUGAAGCAGUUGCCUGUACCAGUGGAUUUAGACUGUGAGUUUCAUUUCCAUUCUAUUUUUGUGUGUCCAGUAUCAAAGGAACAAUCAACAGAAGAAAAUCCACCUAUGUUGAUGUCAUGUGGACAUGUGCUCUGCAAGCAGUCUAUUACGAAGAUGUCAAAGAACGGUACAAAAUCUUUCAAAUGUCCAUACUGUCCUUCUGAUGUCAAUUCAGCACAGUGUAGGCCGCUUGUUUUCUGAUGUAUCUGCAAAAGGAACUAGUUACAACCGUGUUUCUUGCACACUGGGUAAAGCUUGUGGAAACUAGUCAUGCUGUGUUGUGUAGUUAGGAUGUGUGGUUAUGCCGUGUCAAAAGCCAGUUUGUUUGGUUUGUUGAAGCAUUUGUUGUAAAUAGUAAAUUCUUUUUACUGGCCGGCGGUUAAAGAAAUCCGCUUCCCUGUGAAUAAUUUGAAUGCAUCAUGAUCUGGAUCCCAAGACAAGGACAUGCUGCCUCAUCCUUCUGAGUAAGUUAUACUUCUGCUGCUAUCUCCUGUUGGGAAAUGUAAACUGUAGCGGGCUCCUCGGGCUUCGGCCUUAAGUGUUGACCCGAUACUACAAAGGCUGUUCAAUAAUUUCUCACUUUUCUCUUAUAUGUAUCUGUUUUACCAACACAACUCAGAGUAAAUUUGUACUUUUAGUAAUUCAAUCAGGUCAGCUUUCUCCA